CACAACAAAUUGCAGAGGAAAACAAAUUGAAUGCCGAAAUCGCCUUGUUCGCUUGCGUCUUUAUCGUUUUCCACCAGUUUAAAGCAACUGCAAUGGCCAAACAUCAUCCUGAUCUGAUCUUUUGUCGUAAGCAACCUGGAGUAGCUAUCGGACGCUUGUGUGAAAAGUGCGAUGGAAAGUGUGUCAUAUGCGAUUCCUAUGUGCGACCCUGUACAUUGGUUCGAAUUUGUGACGAAUGUAACUACGGUUCCUACCAGGGGCGAUGCGUAAUAUGCGGUGGCCCAGGAGUCUCGGAUGCGUACUACUGCAAGGAGUGUACAAUUCAGGAAAAAGAUCGUGAUGGAUGCCCAAAGAUCGUCAACCUGGGAAGCUCAAAGACUGAUCUCUUCUACGAACGUAAAAAAUACGGCUUCAAACGAUAGGAGUAGAGUAAUUUAGUUUACCAUAAUUCCCUACAUUCGAUUUAUCCGGGCUAUGUUAAGAUCCAAAUAAACGAAAACAAACAAACAGCCAACAAGC